AUGGCAGCUUCUCAGCAAUCUUUGACCUUCAAGGAUGUGUCAAUAGAUUUCUCUUGGGAGGAAUGGGAAUGCCUGGACCCAGCUCAGCGGAAAUUGUACUCAGAUGUGAUGUUGGAGAAUUACAGCAACCUGGUGUCCCUGGGUCUGGUGGUUUCUAAGCCAGUCCUGGUGACAUUUUUGGAGCACAUGAAGGAUGGCUGCGAUGUUUCCAGGAAAAAGUCAAGAUCUGCACCUGCAG